AGGUAGCUAGUAAGCACACCGCAUCCAUGCCCAGACCUCUAUAUUACAAUAGGAAUGAUAGAUCUAAUGGCAAUAAGAAUGAUAAAGCUAGUAAACAUAUGCAUUUUAUAUCGCGAAUCGGAGGUGAUAGAAACCGAUAUUGGCGAGAUGACCCGUGUGAGUUGCCAUGCUACGAAUGCAUUGAUGGCUAACAAGCUGUUUAACUCCCUAGCUAGAGCUAGUUAGUGGCCCCAGCCUAGCUACUUGUAAAAUUACGUGUCCCCAUGUUUGCUCAUGCAUGACAUACAUAUGUACGCUGCAUCUAUCAGAUAACCAGCUACGAGUGAGUGAUUUACUUUAAGAUAAGAGCCGGCCUGAAUGCUGCAGGCCUUGCCUAAACUGUGCAGAGCAGCGGCGCGUGUCAGGCGACUGGGAGCUCAGGUCACUGCCAUGUCCCAAACCUAUCAGUCCUGCAGUACCUCCUCCCGCAGAGAUGGGGACGCUGUCACUGCUGCAAUCAUCAUCAUUGGCGAUGAGAUACUCAAGGGACACACCCAGGACACAAACAGUGCCUUCCUGUGCCGCGCUCUGCGUAAGCUGGGCGUCUGUGUGCAGCGCAUCACGGUGGUGCCCGACCAGCAGGACGUCAUCGCCAGCGAGGUAGCCGCCCUCUCCCCCCUCUACACCCACCUGAUCACCUCGGGGGGCAUCGGCCCCACCCACGACGACGUCACCUUCGAGAGCGUGGCGCUGGCCUUCGGGGAGCGGCUGCACGCGCACCCGGAGCUCACCCGGCUGGUGGAGCAGUUCUUCGGGGCGUCGGACCCGGACAGCGCCGCCAUGAAGCUGGCCAUGGUGCCCGAGUCGUCCCGGCUGAACUACGGGACGGACCCGCAGACCGGGCAGCAGCUGCGCUACCCGCUGGUCAGCGUGCGCAACGUCUACAUCUUCCCCGGGAUCCCCUCCCUCCUGGAGCGGGCCUUCAACGGGCUCAAGCACCUGUUCGCCGGCUCGGGGACCACCUUCCACACGCAGGAGGUGUUCGUGGACACCGACGAGGCGGAGAUCGCGCCCGUCCUGACCCGGCUCCAGGGGGUGUGGGGGAAGAAGGUGGCGCUGGGCUCGUACCCGGACUGGCUGAGUAACUACCACCGGGUGCGGCUGGUGCUGGACUCGGACAGCGCAGAGGAGGUGGAGCGGGCCCGGGGCCAGCUGGUGGCGGAGCUGCCGAAGGGGAGCGUGGUUCCCCUGGUGACCGACCCGAUCUCCCUCGCCACCGCGGAGGUGUACGCACUGGGGAUCAGCGGCACCCCGCUAGGAGAGAGAGUUGCGUCGGCGCUGAAGACCAUUGAGAUGGCCUUGGAUCAGUACUCAGCAGGAGAGAUCUGUGUGGGCUUCAAUGGGGGCAAGGACUGCACAGCCCUGCUGCACCUGUACUAUGCUGCUAUGAAGAGGAGGUACCCGGAGGGGAAGGACCGAGUCAAGGCACUUUACAUUCGAAUCGUCUCCCCCUUCCCCGAGAUGGAGAGGUUCCUGCAGGACACCAUAAAGAGGUACGACCUGGAGCUCUUCUCCGUGGAGGGCAGCAUUCGGCAGGCCCUGAGCGAGGUCCAGGAGCGGAGGCCGGAGCUGAGGGCGGUCCUCAUGGGCACCCGCCGCAGCGACCCGUACUCCCACACCCUCACCCCCCUGUGCCCCACCGACCCGGGCUGGCCCCAGUACAUGAGGGUGAACCCGCUGCUGGACUGGACGUACCACGACAUCUGGUCGUUCCUGAGGACCCUGUAUGUGCCGUACUGCAUCCUGUACGACAAAGGCUACACCUCUCUGGGCAGCAUGGACAACACCACCCGGAACUCCGCCCUGCUGGUGGUGGACGGCAGGGGCGUGACCCGCUACAGGCCGGCCUAUCACCUGGAGAACGAGGAGGAGGAGCGUAACUCCAGGGAGUGAUGAGGACUGCAGGGAGGCCCCACUACAGAAGCCCCACAUCACCCCACCCCACCCCACCCAACCCCCCCCCACUGUGCAUAUGAACCUGCUGUGGGCAGAGGGCAGCAGGGCACUGAAGGAUCAUGUCAAAGAGGGAUCAGAGAGAUAACCGAGAUCAAACAGACAGGUCAUAAAAAGAGCGGGGGAAACUGGAAACACUGAAAUCCGGAGGAGGUCUGGAGAGUACUGUUGAGAGAGAGCGCUCACUCGCUCAGAAUCGGGUACAUGUGGAUCACGUUUUUAUUUAUUCCGAAAAAAAAUAUUUUAACUGGAGGCCAGUUCUUUUUUUGUUGUUGUUGUUGUUGGUUUGUUUGCAAACGAUGCUUUUGCAAACAAGGGCUAGGGGGUGGAAUGGUAGCGAGCCUGCCGUUGCAAAAUGGCUGAAGUCAUUCCAGGUUUUGUUCCCAGAAGGGCUGUUUGCACGUAACUCCUUUCAGAGCCGGGUGUGACUCACUCGCACACAUUUUUAAUGAGGCUGCAGACAUGGGACUUCGAUAAGAUGGCCUACAUUUAUUAUAUUUCACGGCCUCAGAGCCGUUUGUGUCUAAUCUGCUCCCGAUAAAACCUGAAGUGGAUCAAACCUGCGUUUCAGCAGUCAUAUUGCAUCUCCAGUCAAUCACUGUGUGACUCAAGCAAUGACCAUAAUGUAUGAAAUAAAAUCUUUGAUACAAAGUAGACCGUAAACUGAAUAUCAGUA